AACCACGAAUAAACAUUCGUUCAAUCCUUGGAUAAAAUAUCUCGGCAUCGCAGCAUCAUGCGGAAUUGGAUACACGACAUGGAUCACGUACAGAAACACGGCGACAGUUCAUGCUUUUAAAUUGAAGAAGAUACCUGUUGGUGGUAUUCCCUGAAUUUCAUUCAUUCGAAUCAGCUGAGAGUAAACAUUCCCAAGACAUCAUUCUGAAACGGUGACGUUAUUCAUCUUCCUGCGAAUUACAUAUUAACGUAUCGACAUCGACGAGUAUUUCACCUCAAGUUUGUCCCUGUCACCUGCUCGAACUGACACAGGAAAAUGAAAUGAAAUACUACGUCAAGCUACCGCAUCGAAUCGGUUACUUUGAAUGUACAUACAUAAAACUUUAGUCGAUGGAUAGCUGCGUUUAUUUUUCCCACUCUAUUGAAGAAAACUACGAAUCUGAAUUAAAUGCCGAUGAUGAAGAUUAUAGUUUGUUAUGAUUUAAAGAAAGACAAAGACGAAGAGUUCUCUAAAGAUGUGAAAUUAACGUCGAGGGAACGUCAUUUCAUUAAGUUUGCAUCGGUCGAAUACGAUGGCCAAAUCUACAUGACACCUCAAGAUUUCUUGGAAUCGUUCGUCGAGGAAGAACCAAGACCACGACUGAAACGACGAGGGAUUGCCAAUAAAGAACUGGAUGAGAUCAAAAACGCUACGCCGAUGCUGAGAAAAGGUUCCAGCAAGUUGUUCAGAGCGCUCAGAGAUAAAGGAAUUAUUUCGUAUACGGAAUACUUAUUUUUGCUGUCUAUUCUUACGAAACCAGAAACUGGAUUUCUGAUCGCAUUCAACAUGUUCGACACAGACGGCAACCAGAAAGUCGACAAAGAAGAAUUUCUAGUGAUUUUGCACUUGUUAAGCGGCGACAUCAGAGCUCGAGCUGCAGUCAAUGAUGAAAUGAAACAAGCACUAAUGAAGUUCUCAUUAAAUAGCAGUCCGUCAAUGAAAACUGAAAACCACGGCAAAAGUUUUUUUUCCAUGGAAAAAAUCUUCAGUUUGGCUUGGGCUGAUAAACAUGGCUCGAAUGCCAUUGGAAGUAAUGAUACACUGAAUCAGAAUACAGCUUUAGAUGGAGGCCAGAGCUUACAACGUAAAAAUUUAGUCGAUACUACUUUGCUGAUUCAUUUCUUUGGCAAAAAAGGAAACAUUACUUUACAAUAUGAAGAUUUCAGAAGAUUUAUGGAGAAUCUUCAAACCGAAGUAUUAGAAAUGGAAUUCCAAGAAUUCGCCAAAGGUGGUAAUACCAUUAACGAGAUUGAUUUUGCCAGAAUACUUCUUCGAUAUACUCACCUUGAUCCGAAAUUGUGCAAUAUGUACUUGGAUAGACUGCUGAAUAGAUUAAAGGAAAAUGAAGGUAUUCCGCCAGGUAUUACGUUUCCAGAAUUCAAAGUAUUCUGUCAAUUCUUAAACAAUCUGGAAGAUUUUACGAUUGCCAUGCGAAUGUACACGUUGGCGGAUCACCCGAUAUCAAAAGAGGAGUUCCAUCGAGCGGUGAAAAUCUGCACCGGAACCAGCCUUAGUAAACACUUGGUUCACACGGUGUUCGCCAUAUUUGAUGAAGAUGGCGAUGGCCAACUCAGUUAUCGAGAAUUUAUUGCCAUUAUGAAAGACAGACUACACAGGGGAUUCAAAUCUCAUACUAAAGGAGAAGGAUGGGAAGCAUUCAAAACGUGUAUUAAGCAAGAGAUAAAAUCUCCUGUUGCCAGAUAAUUUAAUACCGCGCUUAAAAAUUUAUUGUUACCUCAAUUUUUUUGUUAUUUUCUUAUCAAAUUCUCGUUUGCUAUUACUUAAUCUCAUAUCUUUUUCUGUUGCUUUUGUAUGUACUUGUUAUUUGUAAUUUCAUUUCGCUAUAAUGUUAUGUGCAAUCUAAUAAUAAAAAUACUCAUUUCAAGCGUUUAA